AUGGCAACCCCAAUCUACAGCCCCUCCCCCCGCCUCGACCGCUUCCAAAGCGCCCUCGAAUCCCUCUACGGCAGCUUCUCCUCAAUAACAAAUCCAUCCGCCUGGAACCCACCGGGGAAAUCCGGCGGCCAUCGCGGCCGAUACCUCUGGACCGACGCAUUCGGGGUUCUGAACCUCCUCACCAUGCAUAAAGAGUACAUGGAAGCGGGUGGGUCCGCAACAAAAGACGACGAUCGGUAUCUCGUUCUUGCGAAGAGACUAGUCGAGACAGUACACAGUGUGCUGGGGCGUACGCGUGAUGGAAUAGCCCGACUUCCUCGCGCAACGGAGAAGAAUCCACUAGGCGGGGGGUUGAGGAUAGGGAAAGAUGAAGAACGGGGACCCGAUGGCGAUGGCCAGUAUCAUCAUUAUCUGACUGUGUGGAUGUUUGCGCUGAAUCGUCUAUCCCGGGCGACGGGGGAUGUGAGUUAUAACCAACAAGCCGUGGCGCUGGCGAAAGCCAUCCAUCCGCACUUUUUUGUGAACCGCGAGUCGAAAUACCCGCGCAUGGUAUGGAAGAUGUCUGUCGAUUUGACCGUGCCGUUGGUGGGUUCAGAGGGGAAUCUGGACCCGCUUGAUGGGUUUGUAGUGUAUCGACUGUUGCAGGCGACGGCGAAAGAAGCAGGCGAGGGUGAAGUGCUGGCAGAGGAGAUUCGAGACUACCAACGCGUGAUGGACAGAAAAGGCGAACAUUUCGUAUCGACUGAUCCACUAGAUCUAGGAAUGACAAUGUGGACGGUGCAUUGGUUCUCCGAGAAAGAAGAAUGGGCGGCUCGGCUGGCAGGAAGAUGCUUUGAACAGAUCUACAACCUCUUCGAAAUAAACCGCUACCUAGACCGCAACAUCAAACACCGUCUCGCAUUCCGCGAAUUCGGCACCUGCAUGGGCAUCCAGUGUCAGACAGAGCAGCCAAGCGAGAAAGAGCGCGCGGUGGACCUGAAGGUGUAUGCGGAUGCCAUCAUCACCGCGUGGGAUCCGUAUAUGGAGUUGUCCAUUUCGUCUGAUUUGACACCGCUUGAUUUGAGGCCUAUCACGAGGGUGAUGUAUGCGUCUGCGUUGAUUCCGGGUGCGUUUAAAAGUGGUUAUUUUGGCCCAGAGCCAGAAUCGACGUGGAAAGAGUAG